AUGCCGGGCUACUUUGACAACGCUCUCCCAACCGAGCAAUCGCUGGAUCUCGGCUUCUCCGUCGUCUCACAAAAGGUCGAUCUUACCGUCGACUUUGCAAAGCAGGUCAUCUCUGGCUCCACCGAAAUCACCAUCCAGCCCGAAAUAAAGGAUCUCAAGACCAUCCGCUUGAACUGUCGCCAGGCCCGUAUCUUGAGCGCAAACGUCGAGGGCUCCAAAGCACAAGUCAAUUAUUCCGAUCCUUAUCAAAAAAUAAAGCUUCAAGGGAGAACAACCGCUCAUCAGCAUGAAUAUCUUCGCAACAGAAUUGAGGGUGCCAUCAAGCAAUCACCUGAUCCAGAACUGGCCCUGACGAUACCCUCCCGCGUCACCAUCAAGGAGCUGAACAGCGAGUCCUCUUCGACAAUAGCCAGAGAUAGCCUCAAGCGACAAGAAAGCGAUUUCCCUGCUCAGGCCGAGACCCCAACUGCAUCACAUGCCCAGGAACCAGCAUUGAGAUAUGCUCCACUCCGAGUCGUAAUCGAUUUCGAGGUUACGAGUUUCCGCGACGGCCUCCACUUUGUUGGUUUCUCCGACAGUGAUUCCAGAUAUCCUCAUCUAUACACCAGAAACACGCUGGGACCUGGCGCCAUAUGCUCUGUUUUCCCCUGCGUUGACGAUGCCACAACUCGAUGCAUGUGGGAAAUCUCUAUCCGAUGUCACAAAACACUGGGCGAUGCUUUUAGAAAGGCCCCGCAGACAAGUCCCACCGAGACGGAUGUCGAGAUGACCGGGACUGACCAGAAGGACAAGAAGACGAGGGACGAGUACCUGAUCAACCUCAGCGAGGAAGAAAAAUCCUUGGAUCUGAGCAUCGUGUGCUCUGGUGAAAUGACAGACGAUAUCAUUGAUCCUCAGGACCCUACUUGGCGGACGGUCUCAUUCGCCUGCUUUGCCCCUGUCACUGCUCGUCAUAUCGGCUUUGCCAUCGGACCCUUCGAACAUGUUGAUCUGACGGAUUUCAGAGAAGUUGACGAAGACGACAAGCUUGGUCAAAACGCCAUCAAAGUUGAUGGCUUCUGUUUGCCAGGGAGAGCAGAGGAGUUACGGAAUACUUGUAUGCCAAUGGCCAAGGCCAUCGACUAUUUCACUGUUAACUACGGCUCCUUCCCAUUCUCCAGCUACAAGCUCAUCUUUGUUGAUGAUUUGACACAAGAUGUGACACAUACGGCUUCUCUGUCAAUAUGCAGCACGAGGUUACUCUUCCCAGAAGAUAUCAUCGAGCCUCUGGAUCCGAAUACACGGGUGCUCGUUCAUGCCCUUGCAAGUCAAUGGGUUGGCGUCAAUGUCAUACCCAAAGAAGCCCGAGACAUGUGGGCUAUCACUGCCAUCUCUGGAUUCAUGCGAGACACUUUCAUGCGAAAGCUUGCUGGAAACAACGAAUACCGCUACCAACAAAAACUCGCGUCGGAACAAGUGUUUGAGCAAGACGUUGAGAGAUAUAGUAUUCAUCAACUCGGCGCUCAACUUGACAUCGAUCCCUCGGAAUACGAAUUCAUGGCUCUCAAAUCGGCAGUAGUGCUUUUCAUAUUGGACCGCCGAUUGACAAAGGCGAGUGGAGCAGCUGGCGUUGGACGCAUCAUCACCAGACUGUUGCUCAAUGCGAAAACAGGCGACCUUCAGAACGGCGAGCUCUCCACCGAUUGGUUCCAUCGUCUUUGUGAGAAGCUUGGCCAUACCAAGCUGGACGCAUUUUUCAAGCAGUGGGUGUAUGGCGCUGGUUGUCCUUUGUUCAAAGUGAACCAACGCUUCAACAAGAAGAAAUUGGUUGUGGAGAUGAACAUCUACCAAAUACAGCGCGAACGCAAGAUCAAGCCUGAGCUUUCGCCAACAAACUUCAUGAGAGAAGCCAAAGAACAAGUGUCAGAAGUUUGGGCUCCGGAAGUCUCUGAUCCCUUUACUGGGCCCAUGACAAUCCGUAUCCACGAAGCCGACGGCACGCCAUAUGAACACAUUGUGGAGAUCAAGGACACACAUACAAAGAUCGAAAUUCCUUACAACACGAAGUACAAACGUCUGAAGAGAUCAAAGCGGGCAAAAGAACGAGCCAUGGCCGCCAAUGGCAUGGACCUUGGUGGAGAGGCCGAGAAUGACGUGCUGCUAUACUGUCUCGGCGACGUCCUCCAGUCGGAAGACGAGGUCAAAGACUGGCGCCUAGUUGACUGGGGCAAAGAAGAGGAAGACAGAAUGGGCCAAGAAAGCUACGAGUGGAUCCGUAUGGAUGCUGACUUUGAGUGGAUUGGUAAAAUUGACUUGAUCAUGCCGAUCUACAUGUAUGUCAGUCAGUUGCAACAAGAUAGAGAUGUCGUUGCACAAUACGAGUCACUCCAACACGUUCUGAAACAAAACGCCCAUCCUUUGAUGUCUACCAUCCUCGUCAGAACUUUGAUGGACCGCAGAUACUUCCAUGGUAUUCGCACACUAGCGGCAGAGGGUCUCACGAAGUGUGCUACGCCCAGCUUGAAUUGGGUUGGCCAGUACCAUCUUGAAAGAGCCUUCCAGGAGUUCUUCUGUUUUGCAGAUUCACCCAUGCCUCGUGCGAACGACUUCUCCGAUCGCAUGGGCUACCUUCUCCAGAAAGCCAUUCCUAUUGCAUUGUCUCAUGUCAAAGACGAACGAGGCAAGGUGCCUAUGAGUGUGAGGAGAUUUUUCGUUGACAAACUCAAGUUCAACGAUAACUCUAACAACGAGUUCUCCGAUUGCUACUAUGUUUCCACACUUAUGCGAUGCCUUGCCGAGUCUUUGGUGGCUUCAGCAGCGCCGCAACAAACCUUCAUCACAAAUCCCGAUGACGACGAUGACUUGAUGCAAGAAAACCUUGAAGAUGAAAAGUUUCAAAAAGAGGCCAUCAACGAACUCGAACGCUAUCGCCGCAUCGACGAGUGGAUCUCUUCUUACCAAAACAUAUAUUCAGUUACAGCUCUUGAAUGCAUGCGAAAACUCUUUGAGCAUGGAGUGGUCAAGAACAAAAAGGCCGAGAUCUUGCAAUACACACAAUCUGGCAAUGCCGACGAGGUUCGACUGGCGGCAUGGGACUCUCUCGUCAGGCUCAAGCUUGCGAGGCGGCCUCAGGUACUCAAGUAUCUAUUGCAUUGCCUAAGCGAUGACCCUUCACCUUACUUCAGAGAUCAACUUCUCCAGGUGUUGGGCCGAGCCUUGGGAACGAUUGCCUUGAAAACUCACGAAGCUGAAAAGCAUGCACCCAAGCCUGUUGAGACUGGAGGGCUGGUUCUCGAACAAGAAGAACCUUUGGCCGUCCAGUCGGUACCGCUCCAUGAUAUUGGCAAGAGUCCACCAGAACUCGCUCUGUUAGCGCUCAAAGCCGCCCUUGUUGACGAUGAAGUGUUCAAGGCAGCAUUGUGGCAUGUUAUUCAGUCACCAAUUCUCGCCAUUCCCGAGGUGGUCUCAUUCCUGGAUAUUGCAGCCCUGAUCUACGAUGCGUCUAACGGCCUUGUUGUACAUCUGCGACUGCCUCGUUACUAUUCCGCAACGAACAUAGGCAAAGGUAAGGUCAAGUUUACAGAAAAACACAAGUACCGCACAGUGCCAACGGCCGGACUCGGCUUGGAGGAAUACCAGAUGGUACAACAGUAUGACCUCAAAUAUACUGGACCGCUAUCGAGGGAUGUCAAGGACCACAUCAAGCUGCAGAAGAACCAAGCUCGCGAACAGGUGCAGGAAGAGCAAGCCUUGAAGAACAAGAUUGCCGCCAUGCAGCAAGAGAUCCAACAGCAGCAGCAGCAACAACAGCAGCAACUCAAGGUCCAGACUCCAGGCCCUGCACCGUCAGCUCCGAGACCCUCGCAAGUGUCAUCCACGGCUAUGUCACCACCACCUCUGCCGACUCCGACUGGGUCUAUGAAACUCACUCUGAAGCGUAAGCAGAGCUCGACGGCCGAGCCGCGCGCAAGUAGUCCCAAGCGCCCUCAUCUUGUCCCGCCUACUCCAAAUGGCACAGCAAUAACACCGAAGGUGGAAAAGAGUCCCAGUCUGAAUCUUGGAAAGAUACACGCCCAGACACCAUCGCGCACAGUAUCUGGCGCAUCUGCACCUGGCUCAGCAGCUCCGUCUCGAAAGCCUACUGCCAACGACAAACCAAGCAAGUCCAAGGUUGUUCGCCUGAAAAUCUCGAAGCAGAAGAGAUUGCAGAGAAUUCUUUCGCAACCACCUCAGCCAGGAGCUCGACCUCAAAAGCCAAAGGUCAACCUCCCUGCCAAGAUCAACACUUCUUCCUCGGCGCGACCUAGCCCUGCACCCUCGGCAAGUGGUGGCUCGCAAGCCCGUGGUGCAAGCAAUGGCGGUGACUUCUUUGCUAGCCCCGAAGUAACUACCGCAUUGUCAGCAGGUGCGAGCGUUGCAACUUUCCGAACCUGGGAUGGUUUAAGCUCGAUCAAGAAAGAAGCCGAUUCCGCACCCAUGAGCGCAGUGAGCCCCAUGACGACGACCUACCCAAAGAGCAACGGCAGCACAACUGCCACCGGUACCAUGAGUCCGCGCCCAUCGGAAGGUGCAGAGGACAAGAAGCCAGCACUGAAGUUCAAGCUCAAGCUUGGCAAGAAGCCGCCGACCUAG